AUGUAUCUAAACCUUUCCACAUCUAUCUAUCUAUCUAUCUAUCUAUCUAUCUAUCUCUUUCAACCUUUCUAUAUCUAUCUCUUUCAACCUUUCCAUAUCUAUCUAAUAUAUUUUAACAUCGAGAAUGCAAGUUGUGUUGUACUGGUUGUUUCGACGACUGGGGAUGGAGAAGUUCCAACCACAGCCCUAAAGUUCUGGAAAAAACUGAGGAAAAUUCCAAGGACAGAUCCCUAUUUGAAGCAUUUAAGGUUUUCAAUUUUAGGCUUAGGAGAUACAAAUUAUACCAACUUCUGCAACGGAGGCAAAUUAUUCUACCAGCAAUUUACAGAACUUGGUGCCCAGACAUUUUACCCUUGUGAUUGGGCUGAUGAUGCCAUUGGACUUGAACUGACAGUUGAACCGUGGAUUGAAGGUUUAUGGACUAGCUUGAGGAACGUGCUCAUCUCUGAUUGUACAAUUGUGAAAGAAAAUCCUGAAAUGAUGGAUGCUACAGAACUGGAUCCCAAAUUACCUUCUGAGAAUCCAAACUCAGAACCUGAUGCCAAAUCACUAAACCCUGUGCCAAAUAUAGAAUCUGAGAAAUCCCAACUUCCAAAUCUUCUUCUGAAUAAUUCUAUCACAGACAUUCCCCUGGGUGUGGAACUGAUGCAACAGGCACCACAUUCCAAUUACAUAAUGGAUUUGGCAGACAAGCCACUUGAUAUUAUGUCCAAAGUCAAAAUUCUUGUGCAACCAGAAUUGGGGAAUGGUUUCUCUUGUACAGACUCUGGUCUCCGUGUUUCCCAUUUAGAGGAUACUGCCUUGACAGUACCUGCACUGUCACCACCAUAUCUAGUCAUGUCUUUCAAACCUGAAGAAAAAUUGGAUUUAAGUGCGUGUCCCUUACAAAAUGAUGCACCUUUCCCGAGCAUGGGUUGUCCCGUUCAAAAUGCCACUGUGCUUUCUUCCUGUCUUCUUACAACUCCGGGUGCUGUAAAAACCACAUUAGAUCUGGAGUUGUAUUUUGAGAAUUCCAAUGCCAUUUCCUACCAACCUGGUGAUGCCAUUUCUGUGAUAUGUCCCAAUGACGAAAGAGAAGUUGAUGUUCUUAUUCACAGACUUGGUCUUGUCGAGAGUGCAGAUAUUCCUUUUGAACUUUCUGUUUCUCCAACUACAACCAAAAAGAAGGCAUCAUGUCCAAACUACAUUCCCAACAAAUGUACAAUAAGGCAUGUGCUAACACACUGCCUGGACAUACGCCAACCUCCGAAAAAGGCUCUUCUUCGAAUGCUUGUUGAACAUGCCAACAAGGAGAAAGAAAAAUUCCGGCUCCGAGAAUUAUGCAGCAAAGAAGGAAUGGAGGAAUAUAACAAACAUAUUCGUGAACCAGAAAUCUCUUUACUUGAUCUUCUUCUAAGUUUUCCGUCUAUUGUAUCACCACCUUUUGAACGUCUCCUUGAAUUUUUACCCAGACUUCUUCCUCGACCUUAUUCCAUUGCUUGUUCCCAACAACUCAAUCGGAAUAAACUUCAUAUUGUCUUUAAUGUCAUUGAAAUUCCUGCUGGUCAGGGUAGACGUUAUCGGCGUCAAGGUGUUUGUAGUGGUUGGCUCGAGCAAAUCACUCGAUCUAUCCGUACGACUCAGAAUUCUGAGAAAUCUCUUGAGGAAGACAUCAAUGCAAUAUCCUUGGCUGAAAAACCACAGGUGCCUAUUUUCACCAGAACUAUUGGACAUUUUCACCUUCCAGCUGAAGCAAGUACCCCUAUAGUCAUGAUUGGCCCAGGCACUGGUAUAGCCCCUUUCAUAGGGUUCCUUCAGCACCGUUCUUGGCUACAAGAUCAAGAGGCAAACCUUGGGGAAGCCUGGCUUUUCUAUGGUUGCAGAUACCAAAAAAAAGAUUUCCUUUUCCAGGAUGAAAUAAAUAAUUUUCUUGAAAAGGGCUGCUUGACAAAAUUCCUUGUUUGUUUUUCCCGUGAUGAACAGCAAGAAGGAUCCCCACGCUAUGUGCAGGACAAUAUUCACACUUACAGCAAGGAACUAAUCAAUUUAAUUGACAAUGGAGCUGUUCUUUAUGUCUGUGGCGAUGCUAAAAAUAUGGCUAAGGAUGUGAAUGCUACGCUGGCGGCAAUUUUGGCAGCUGAGAAAGAAUUGAAUGAAGAAGCUGCUCGAAAAUUACUAAUGGAAAUGAAGAUAGAGAAACGCUAUUUUGUCUCUUUUCUUUCUUUCUUUCUUUCUAAUUCUAUUUAUCGAAUUAUUACAUUUUAUAUAUAUUAUCUCUCUGUUUGUCUUUCUCUCUAUCUAAUUCUAUCUAUCUAUCUAUCUAUCUAUCUAUCUAUCUCAGUAUGUUCAUAUAUGUCUAUCUGGUGGACGGACAGUUACGUCCUGGGCAUUUGCGUCCCGGACAAAUGCGUCCCUGGAUAUUGA